CAGGAAGAUAUUCAUGUUGUGUUUAUAUUAAAUUAUUUUGAUGUUAGUUUGUGUAAAACAACUUAAAAAUAAAGUCUAAAAUAUGAAAUUUGAUGAAGUUUUGUCGGAUAUAGGUGAAUUUGGAACAUAUCAGAGACGUCUAUACGUUUUGGUUUGUUUACCUACAAUUAACUGCGGAAUAUUUAUGUUGAUAUCUGUAUUUUUGGUCGGAAAUCCUGCUCAUAGAUGCGCCAUACCAGGAUAUAUCAAUGAUACAUAUGCCGCAAAAAACGGUGAUCAUGCACACUUGGUCCUCAUCAAUCGAACGAUUCCAACACUCGGCAGUGGUGACGAUAUGAAUUAUGACCAAUGCCAUCUGCUAAAUGCCAGUAACUAUGAUAACGACAAUCGUCCAGUCAAUGCAUCCAAAUAUGCCUGUAAGAACUGGGUAUAUGACAAAACAGAUUUUGAAGAAACUCUUGUUUCAGAGCUCAAUCUUGUCUGCGAUGAAUCGAUAUGGCAGUCGGUGGUAAAGAUGAUGUUCUUCGGUGGAGUGCUGGCAGGUGCCUUUGUUUUUGGGAUGAUUUCAGACAGGAUCGGCAGAAAGAAGACAUUGUACAUAUCUUUCAUUCUGAUGUUUGUUACAAGUGUAGCGCAGUCCUGGGCACCCACAUUAUUUGUAUAUAUCUUGCUGAGGUUUUUAGUCGGUGCUGCCGUCUCGGGAGUGUUUCUUACCGCUUAUGUCAUAGGAAUGGAAAUGGUUGGGCCAUCUAUGCGGUUAUGGACUGGAACAAUUAUCCAUGCCACCUUUUCUAUUGGACAAGUCAUUUUAGCCGGUGUUGGGUAUUACAUACGCGACUGGAGGAAAUUAGAGUUAGUCCUUGCUAUACCAAAUGUCGUCUACCUCACAUAUUACUGGUUGAUACCAGAGUCUCCAAGGUGGCUCCUGUCUAAGGGUAGGACAGAAGAAGCAGAGGAUGUGCUACGGUCAGCGGCAAAAGUAAACAUUGCUAGCGUUCCCCAGGGAAGGUUUCUGGAUAACUACGAGGUCCCAAAAGAUACGGGGGAAUUUUGGCGUCUGUUUGGUUCAAGAAAACUCAUCAUAAGAACACUGGUUAUAUUUUUCAACUGGAUGGUUGUUGCCAUGGUGUACUAUGGGUUAUCAUUGAAUGCUGCCAACCUUGGCGCCGAUGUCUAUCUUAACUUCCUUUUACUAAGCUUAUGUGAAUUUCCUGCAUGCGUAUUAUGCAUUCUCCUAUUUAACAGAAUUGGAAGAAAGAAAUUACAUUUUCUUUUUAUGAUAACCGGUGGAAUAGCUUGUAUUGGUACUCUUUUUACGACCGUUUUUGGAAAAGACCUACCAGAUGUAACUAUAGCUCUUGCUUUGAUCGGGAAAACUGGCGCAUCAGGGGCAUUCGCUUCUAUCUAUGUAUUCUCUGCCGAACUUUACCCUACGACAGUACGGAACGCUGGGAUUGGGGCAAGCUCGUGCUGCGCUCGUAUUGGAGCAAUGGCGGCUCCUUAUAUAUCUGACCUUAAUUUAGUUGUGGAGGGUGAUAUGGGACAUGCUUUGCCUAUGGUGGUAUUUGGAGGUGCAAGUAUAGUUGCUGGUAUAUUGACAUUAUUGUUACCCGAGACUGUUAACAGACCUUUGCCAGAAACGAUAGAAGAUGCCGAACAAUUCGAUAUGACUUUGGUUGAAUCAAAACCAGAGGAAAAGACACGUCUUUUGGAAGGAUAUUCCGAUCCCAGUCAUUACAAUAUAUGUAAAGCAAAAUAUAACGUAUACAAAUGUAUAGAUAAAUAAUACAACAAUUAGCGGAAGUGUGUUCGAUAUGGUAGUUUAUAUAUAAUAAUAAUAAUAAUAAUAAUAAUAAUAAUAACUUUAUUCAAAGAGGGUAACAUAUUUGGCUGUUCCCAGUCCAACAUAUGGUCCUCUAGCAUAUUAGUGUAAACAUCAUCCUAAGUGGCAUAAACAGAACUUAGUACAGUUAAAACAGUUUCAAAUCCAAGCAAUAUGAGAGGAUCAAAUUAUAUACAAGUCAUUAAAGAGUAAAUAUUAUUUGUAAUACCUAACCCUAAAAACUCUUUAGUGAGAAAUGUACAUGAGUGUUUAAUUUACAUAAGAAAACGAUGUGAACACUGUAAGACUAUUACACGUUGUGAUAAGACAAUAAAGAAUUAACAAAUAAAUUAGACAGAAAAAAUGACAAACAAACAAGAAAGAAAAAAAAAUGUUGUCAAAGAAUUGUCAUAUGAAUUUUGCACAAGUAAAUAGGUAACAUGAGAACGAAACGAAUGAAAUGCCAGCCGCUAAAUACUAUUAAUGAGAAACGAUAAAUAUCAGAAGAGAAUGUUUAGAAUAUAAUGAAUAUACUUGUAAGUGUAGAAAAGAAUGACUUUUCAUGAAACUUACACUGUCCGAGAACUCAUGAAUGGGAAGAUGGCUGAUAUUGUGCAUGGUGGUGAUCACAAAAAUAGAAUGCAAAUAUCAGGAAACAAGGAAACGAACAGCCAUUACAGCACCCUUCCGCUAAGGUGGCAGGGGAGUGCAAAUUUGCGAAUUCCACAUUGACGUGUGGGUACCAGUGUUGAAAUAUCCAUAGAAAUCUCGUUUUUGCUUAUUUUUCUUUGAAAUUACUAUGGACCAUUGCAGAUACUAUAGACUACAUAAAGACGCCUCUCCGGUCCUAUGCACCUGUCGCUUUCCACGCCAGAUGUAGUGAAAAUCGGCCACAGCACCCAAAUUUUAUAGACUAAAAAUAGCCUAACCGGGCCUCACUUUGAACUAUGCCAUUCAUCCAUUUCUAUUUUUAAAUCCAAUUUCGUAGCAUAUAUGUAUAGUGCGA